AUGGACAAUCCUAAGCGGGAAGUUCCGGUAUGCGGUGUCUGCCAACGGCCCGCUACCCAGACGUGUGGCGGUUGCAAGCAAGUCUACUACUGCUCGAGGACGCAUCAGAAGCAAGGAUGGAAGGAGGGCCACAGAUCAAAGUGUUGCCCCUACAAAAUCCAGUUCUCCCCCACUCAAGGCAGGCAUAUGAUCGCCACGCGGGAUAUACGGCAGGGUGAAGUCAUACUGAAAGAGAAACCGGCGGUCGUUGGUCCUAGAAUGGCGUGCACCGCUCACUGCUUGUCCUGCGGAAAUAAACUGCAACCAAUCGCAGCUGAGGAUAGAUUGGAUUAUUACAAAUGUCCUCAGUGCAAUUGGCCAAUGUGCGGACCCGGAUGCUCCAAAGCGGAGGUUCACAAAAACGAAUGCCUCGUCAUGACAGCUAAAGGAUACAAAUCCACUAUAAAAUACGAGAAUGGUGACAAAGCCGAAGCUGCUUAUUGCGUGAUAGCGCCAUUAAGAGUGCUACUGAUGAAAGAGACAGAUCCUAAGCAAUUCGAAAACAUAAUGAGUCUCGAGUCACAUUUGGAUGAUAGGAUGCAGACGCAGCUGUACACCGUUUUGAAAACCAACCUUGUCUCUUUCGUGAGGAACGUUAUUGGUCUGUCGUUUAAGGACGAAACGAUCCUGCAAGUGGCAUCCAUUUUCGAUACCAACUCGUUCGACGUCAGAUCUCCUGAUGGUAAGAGGAGGUUGCGAGCAAUUUACGUCACGGCUUCAAUGAUGAACCACAACUGCAGAUCGAACACGAGGCAUGUAUUCCUGGGUGACGACCACACUAUGGUUUUAAUCGCGACCGUACCGAUUGCUAAAGGUGAACUCAUCACAGCCACGUACACUCAGUCCCUAUGGGGCACUUUGGACAGACGAAAACAUUUAAAACAGAGCAAAUGCUUCAACUGCGAAUGCGAAAGAUGCAGAGAUCCAACGGAAUUUGGCACUUAUCUAGGUAACAUUUACUGUUCACUUUGCAAUGGACCAUAUACCGACAAUGAUCUAAUGAAAGGAGCUAUGCUUGUAUCCACCAAUACCUUGGACGAAAAUGCACCGUGGAAAUGCGAGAAAUGCGACCACUAUAUACAAGGCAGACAAAUGUUCUGGGGUAACAACGCUUUGAAACAAGACUUGAAUAAGCUCGAUAAAUCUGGCCCACAGGAGUUGGAGGAAUUUAUAGACAAGUACAAUCUAACUUUGCACCCAACGAACCAUUUGAUUAUCCAAGCGAAAUUGGCUUUAAUGCAAAUAUAUGGAAAUUACAAGGGGUACUCGUUAGCAGAACUUCCAGAUAAUCUGCUUAAACGAAAAACGGACCUCUGUCACGAACUUUUGGAGUUGGCAGAUAAGUUGGAACCCGGCUGGACGAGAUUCCGAGCUACAAUUCUACUUGAGCUUCAAGCCGCGAUGUCAAUGCAGACUAAGCGGGAAUUCGAAUCUCAGAGACUAACAAAAGUUGGAGCUCAGGAUCAACUGAUGCAGAGUAUGGCGCUACUGCAGGAAGCUGCUAACAUCUUACGAAUUGAGCCGCAUAUGAUAGAAACCCUAGAGACAAAAGUCAAUGAGUUAACCUGCCAACUGGAUGCGGCAAAUAAUUUUCCAGCA